CUAAGGAUGACACUUCCUCUCUCCUUCGCCUUUGAUAAGUUUGAGCGGCAGAGGCUCCGGCUCUGGGAGCUGCACUCUGGCUGUGAGGCACUGCUGAAACCCCCUGUGCUGGGAGGAUCGCUAGCACAGUAGAACACUGAAGAGAACGCUGAAGAGCACAGAUCUCUCCAGACGAAUAAAAUGGACUCUACACACAAGAAGCUGAAGAUUUUUGUGAUGUUCUUAUCUCUGGCUACGUUCACGGUCAUGGUGAUACUGAAUGCUGGCAAUGCCACCGGACUGUUCAAAGGUCUCUUCCGGAGCACCCCGGGAAACAUCUCGGAGAAAUACAGCACUGACUUCACCCCGGCUGGCUGGACUUUCCUCAUCUGGAACGUCAUCUACGCUUGGCAGCUUGCGUGGCUGCUCUACGCGCUCUCAGGGAUCUGUCGAAGGAAUGAACUUGGAUGYGUCUACCUUGAGCCAAACUUGCUGCCAAUACCUUUUUACGUGGCCUGGAUAUUAAAUAAUGGCCUGAACGUGGGAUGGCUGUUCCUGUGGGACCGUGAGUACCUGCUGCCAGCCCUGGUGGUCCUGGCAGCCCUCACUGCGUCCACGUGUGCUGCUGCCUUCAUUUCCCACGGCGCCCUGUGYGUGCACGCCACGUGGUUUGCCAAGAGCCACCAAGCCGAGCUCUGGCUCAUCCGCGUCCUCGUGCAGAACGGGCUGGUGCUCUAUGCCACGUGGACCACCAUAGCCACCCUGCUGAAUUUUGCCGUUGUGCUGAUCUACAAGUGGGGCGUGUCCAACGAGACGGCAACCACUGUCUCUCUGUGCAUCCUUGCUCUUGAUGUAGUGAUAUGGUUUUAUCUAGAAAACGUGUUUCUUGACAAGUACGUCCGUUACAACCUCACGGUCUACCCAGUGGUCAUCGUAGCACUGACUGGCAGCGCCUGCAAGAACUUCUCGCUUUCAGCCCCAACAACCAACGGCAUUUUCAUAGUUGUGCUCCUGGCAGUGACCUGCACUAUUUUUGCUCUCCGGCUGGGACUCGUCAUAUGGAGACACUGCAAGCGACCGCUGACUGCACCAGAAACCCCAGACCCAUCGGCCAUGGUGGCCUGAGACAUCUGACGUGGUGACAUUGCGGCAAGUGUGUUGGAUAACUAAGAGCUGGGCAGCUGAGACUUGCUCUGUGACCUCAACCCUGAGGUUUAACAUCCCAGGGGACRCUGGUGGUGGGGUGGUCGAAUCCCUUCAUGCAGUUACCACAGUCUUCAGCCUAUUUCAGCCUGUGGUAGUGUUCCUGACYCUAAAAACAGAAGAUGUAUUUUCUUUCCAGCACAGGACAAUACAAGCUCUGGGUUUCUGCCUUGUUUUUUGUUUUAUUUUCUUUCCCGCUGAUUUCUCUCUGUGAAGUUUGUUGCUCUGUCAGUGCCUGCACUCGUGGGCCCAUAGUGGAUAACAGCAGGUCUGUGUGAUUCCCGAUCUGCCUGCAAGCCAGGUGAGAUCCAGUCCUCGACAUACUCCUAGAAAUUAUGCUACAAGG